UUCCCUUGUCACAGAACUUGACAAGUGUCGAAAGAUGUUUCGGAAAAUGUAGGAAAAUUUAUCUUUAUAAAUGAGAAAGCAUGAUGAUGAGGAGGUUGAAUGUGCAGAAGUGGGCGAUAAGGGAAACAGAAAAGAACUAGAUGAGAUCACUUCGAUGUGCACAAGUGCGAUUCUCGAUCAAAUCCGACAAAUUCCUGUUGACGAACAUGACACUCAACCAUCUACCUCUGGUACCGUGAGUUCGAAAGAAAACGUAUCGGCAGAUAUUGCUCUGGUUUCGUCUGUGAAUAUCACUCCGAAAUCCAUCUCAGGCUGCGAAAUAUUCAAAGUUUUGAAAGCUGUGUCCGAAUCUGAAAAUGAAAUUCCCAGUAUCCCUUCGACACCACCACCCAAAUAUUAUCGAACGCCUCCUACGUAUUCUGCAGUGAUGAGGAUGGGUCCCAAUACAAGAGAACCGAAAAAAAUGUCAGACAUGGAUUCGUCCAAAAUUUUCGCUAGAGUGCCACCACCUUCAUACGCCGAAGUUGAGGGAAUUUGGUCGGAUUUACCGAGACAAAAUUCAUCGGAGGUAGUUUUAUUCGGGCCUGAUCCCGUUUACAUGGUAUGUCCACAUUGUUCAGCAAUUGUCAUAACGGAAACGUACACACAGAGAUCAACUGCAACUCAUCUCACAGCUCUCGUCCUUUGUCUAUUCGGAUGUUGGCCUUGCUGUCUACUGCCAUAUUUCAUGGACUCCUGCAAGAAUACUUAUCAUCACUGUCCAGUUUGUAAUUAUUUUUUCGGAUCGUAUCAUCCAUGGUAAAAAUAAAUAAUAAUUUGUU